GUAGUAUCUGACUGUCACGUGACUGUCACUGAACGUCACAUGCCAACAUGGCUACUGCAGUCUCCAGCGAACAUUUCGACAACUUGCAGCUUCUUCUGAAGGCGCCGUCUAAAGAUGCAGUGAGGGACGUUUGUGUUCAGAGUCACAGAGGUCCAAGUCGUCGGCUGGCAGAGACCACAGCAGCCACACUGAGCAUCCCUGCAGCGCAGGCUGCUCAGCUGGUCCAGUCCCUCCACGUUCUGUCUCACCACGUCCUCUUCUACAACCUCAGCUCUCCGGAGCAGAUCCUCGAGCUCUUCCCCGACUCGUUCCACUCCAGUCUGAAGAACCUGAUCACCAAGAUCCUGCUGGAGAACAGUCCAACAUGGAGAACAGAAGCUCUCAGUAAUCAGAUCUCUCUACCCCAGCUGAAGGAGUUGGACUGGAGAGUCGACAUGGUGACCAGCUCAGACUCACUUAGUCGGAUGUCCGUCCCGACCUGCCUCGUUCAGCUCAAGAUGGAGGACUCGUGUCCAUCAGCAGUCGGGGAGUCGGUUUCCACAGUGACGGUGGAGCUGAGCCGGGAGUCUCUGGACACCAUACUGGACGGACUGGGACGCAUCAGAGACCAGCUGUCUGUGGUCGCCGGGAAAUAAGGACUCUUAGUUGAUUGGCUCGUUCAUAUGGUGACAUCACAGCUCAGAGUCAAAGGACAGUUUUCACAGACUGAAGCCGCCUGUCGCUUUUAUUUUGUACCAACGUCAAAGAUCGUUAUGAUUUCAUUCCUCAUAACUUUGAUUAUUUCAUGUUUUCUGCUCAAAGUUACUCUGAUCUGAACGAAUUAACGAGUUCCUUAUUCAGUCUGUGUUUACAGAAAUAACUGAUUUAUUGUCUCAUUCAGUUUGUAAAAAUACAAAAUAUUUGUUAGUUAAAACUGUAAAAUAAAUAUUACUUUGUAAUUCUAUGUCAUUUUAUUUAGUUUUUAAUUUUUUUUCUCCAGACCAAUAAAGAAUUGAAAUCUUUUUACAUGUGGACAUUUUGUACAUUGAAUUAAAAUAAAUAAUUAAUGGUCCAAGCAUGAAUAUUAAAAUAA